UCUUUCCCAAAAGGGCCAUAAAAAAGGAUUGAAUGAACGUGACAGUAAUAUCGUCUCGGUUCAUAGGCUUUCGUAGAGGCCAAUGUAUGUGCUACAACCACAAGCGCCAAGCGGUUCAGAUUCGAUGAAAUUUUGGCUCCAAUCACAGCGACCGCGACGGUAGCAGCCUUGACUUGCCCAAGUUUUUCAGGCCAAAAAAGUUGACAAAAAAAAAACUGAAUUUGCUGCUUGUCAACCGUUUCACACAAACGUGUAAAACUCUUCAUUGGAUAGGCUUUUAGGGGAAUUCCCUGGUCUCUCAGAGAAAGAGAGAGGGAAAUGGCUUCGUGGAAUUCAAUUCCGCUGGAAAUCACGUACGAGGUUCUGGGAUGGACAGCUUUCCUCUCAUGGUCGAUCAGUUUCUACCCGCAAGUGAUUUUGAAUUUCCAUAGGAAAAGUGUGGUGGGGUUGAACUUCGAUUUCGUGCUGCUGAAUUUGACGAAGCACUCGUCGUAUCUGAUAUUCAACGCGUCCCUCUACUUCAGCUCCGCUAUUCAGAAGGAGUACUACGAAAAAUACGGCUAUGGAGAGAUGAUACCUGUAGCUGCAAACGAUGUCGCUUUCUCUAUACAUGCUGUUCUUUUGACAGCAAUUACCUUGUUCCAGAUCGUAAUCUAUGACCGCGGAAGUCAGAAGGUUUCCAAGAUAGCUAUUGCGAUUGUCUCGGCUGUGUGGUUAUUUGCUGCUGUUUGUUUUUUCAUAGCUUUGCCAAAACAUUCUUGGCUUUGGCUAAUUUCCAUCUUUAACUCAAUUCAAGUUUUCAUGACUGUCAUCAAAUAUAUUCCCCAGGUCCUUAUGAACUUUAUGAGAAAGAGCACAGAUGGAUUCAGCAUUGGCAACAUUUUACUCGAUUUUUUUGGAGGUUUAACAAAUUAUGGACAGAUGGUUGUGCAAUCUAUAGAUCAAGGUUCUUGGGUAAACUUUUAUGGAAACAUAGGGAAGACGUUACUAUCUCUGGUCUCUAUAUUCUUUGACAUUAUUUUCAUCUGUCAACAUUAUGUGAUAUAUCCUGACAAGAAACCUCAAGUCUCUCCUAAACUGAUCAUCGAGGAAAACAGAGAGCCACUUGUUAAGCCUUCUGAUCACCCGCAAUCAGAAAAUGUAUAAAUCUCCGCUCGGCUCAUAAUGAAAAAAGUUAGUUAAGCUUUAUGGUUAUUUUACACACAAACAAAUGAUCUUAUGCGAAAGGCAGUCAAUUGUCGACAGAUACUUAUGAUGUUAAUGUUAUUUGAAAAUGAGUCAAGCUUUGUUGUAAUUUGCAUUUACUUUUUACCUCUUGUAUUAUGUGAUUAUGCGAAAGGCGAUCUUGAUCGGUGAUCCUUUAA